AUGACCACGGUCAACGGAACGGGAGACCUGGGCCAGGCCUCCUUCACACUGGUGGGCAUUCCCGGCCUGGAAGCUUUUUACUUCUGGAUCGGCGUCCCACUUUGCCUCGUCUACGUGGUGACUUUGGUGGGGAACAUCACCGUCGUCUUGGUCGUCAGGAUGGAGCCUGAGCUCCACAAGCCCAUGUACCUCUUCCUCUGCAUGCUGGCCGUGAACGACCUGCUCCUCAGCACCACCGUUCUGCCCAAGAUGCUGGGCAUCCUGUGGGCGGGCUCCAGGGAGAUUGGCUUCAGCGCCUGCCUGCUCCAGAUGUACUUUGUGCACACCCUCUCCAUAGUGGACUCUGCCAUCUUGCUGGCCAUGGCCUGGGACCGCUACGUGGCCAUCUGCCACCCACUGCACUACGCAACCAUCCUCAGCAAUGCGGUGGUUGCCAAGAUGGGACUGGCAGCUGCUGCCCGAGGGGCCUUAUUGGUCAUGCCUGGCCCUGUACUUCUCAAGAGGUUGCCCUAUUGUUUCCAUAAGGUCAUCCAACACGCCUACUGCGAGCACAUGGCUGUGGUCAAGCUGGUCACCUGUGCCGAUACAUUUAUCAACCGGACCUAUGGCAUUUCUGUGGCACUCUUGGUGGUGGGGCUGGACCUGGGGUUCAUUGCCACGUCCUACGCUAUGAUCCUGCAUGCCGUCUUCCAGCUGUCAUCACGAGAUGCCCAGGCCAAAGCGCGGGGCACCUGUGCUGCCCACACCUGCAUCAUCUUGGCCUUUUAUGUGCCUAGCCUCUUCACCUUCCUCACCCACCGGAUUGGCAAAAACGUGCCUGCUUACAUCCACAUCCUACUGGCCAGCCUGUACGUCCUGUUGCCCCCCAUGCUGAACCCGCUGGUGUACGGGAUGAAGACUCAGCAGAUCCGCCAGCGGGUGCUCGGCCUUUUCCGCCAGGGAAGAAAGGCGAAUGUGUAG